ACCCGCAGCUCUGCGCUGAGGUAAAAUGGCGUCUCCGCUGUGGUGUCGGUUUGCGAGACUGUCUCGUAAUAUCGGUGUGUUUCCGCGGACAGCGGUGUGUGAGAGCUCGGGAACGGGGCGGACACAGUGCCGGACCGCUGUGUGCACCUCCAGCGGCGCCAUUCUGCCCAAACCCAAGAAGACGGCAUUUGGCAUGUUAAGGAUCUCUGUGGUGGUGAUCCCCUUCCUGUACAUCGGUACUCUGAUCAGUAAAAACUUUGCUGCUCUGCUGGAGGAGCACGACAUCUUCGUCCCUGAGGAUGAUGAUGAUGAUGAUUAAACACACACACAGAUGUGUAAGUCUGCGUACUCUUCCUGGACGUCGGAGAACAUUUCAGAUCCCAUGGCAUGUCCGGUUCAUCUCUAACACUGUAGUGUGUGUGUGUGUGUGUGUGUGUGUGUGUGUGUGUGUGUGUUUGUGUUUACAGAGCUGUGUGUGAAACCUGAACAGCUCCUCCUGCAUGCACUGUAUAAAUAAUAAUAAACCAAAACACUGGAGGAAACCCGA